AUGAAGAUCGCUCCUUUCUGGGUCUCUGUCGCCCUAGUUCCACGGGCUCUAGCAGUCCUUACUGAAUCCAUAGCGACAUCUGCUACGCUCACCUCUACCGCCGCAGCAUCAAGCUGUACAUCUUCCCUCAUCGCCAGUCUCUGCAGCUACCCGGAACCUGGCCCAGAAUUUGCUGUCGCCACCGACAGCAGGGCCUCCUGCUGGGACUACUGUAACGCCCAUCCCCCCUGCAACUUUGUUAUCUUCGCUGCCGGCAACCCUCACACGGGUGUCGGUACGUGCUGGCUGUACCCAGGUAAAACCUUUGAUGCGAGCAAAGGCAGUUCAGAUUGCGCCAAUCCCUACCUGUCCGCCUACAGCCAGCCCGAGUGUACUGGCGGGAGCGCAACCACCACUGCUGGGGCCUGCGCCGCCACCGCGACUCCCUCUGCUAUUGCCUCGGUCUGCGAGUACCCGACGCCUGAUGACUGCUUUAGCGAUUGUACUGCUAGUACGGAUGUAUCGAACUGCUUGAGUCAAUGUGCAAAGGCCGAUUCCUGCAGCUAUGUCGUCUUUAAUCCGAAAAAUCCAAGUAACUCGCCGUAUGCCUCGGGGAGUUGCUGGAUGUAUGCAAACGGCACAUUCAACGCUGAGUCUGCGACCGCUUGUAGUGGCGCUCCUGAGCAGUUUGUGUAUAACAACUUGUGUCCCAAGCCAUCACCAUCAUCCUCCCAUUCAUCAUCUACUACGGAACGCUCGAGUGGCACUGGAACUGCAGGCACUACUCCGGGCUCAACCACUAGCGCUGCUGCGGGCUCAACUCCGAGCAGCAAGAAUUCUGCGCCUGCCGGUCUCUCGCUCACUAAUCCAUUGGCUAUAGGCAUGGCUAUAUUGAUAUGGCAGGCCCUUCAAUGA